AUGGUCACAUCUCCACCAACUCGCCAGCCGCAAAAGCAAUGCAGGUCCACAGAGCACACUCUAUUAUCCAGGGGUCCAAAGGCUUUAACCCCCAAAAGGGGAAAGAGUAGGAUGCAUGAAGCAAGGUUUUACUUGGGUCAACAAUUUGGAUCUGCAAAGGAGGUUAAAGAACAAGUUAGGAGGCAUGCCAUUCUUACCAAAAGGGAGUUGUCAUUUUUUAGAAAUGACAAGGCUAAGAUUAGAGUAGUAUGUGAAGGGAACGUCCCAGUUUACAUGAAAGGUGAUGGAAAAAGAAAAGAAAGAUUAGACAAAGUAGUUUGUCCAUUUAUGUUGUAUGUUUCUAAAGAGAAAGAUGAAGUGGAAACUUGGACAGUGAAAACUCACAAGCCGGAACACACCUGUCUGCAAACUAGAGAAAGCCUUCACCUCACAGCAAAGUUCAUGGCUAAGGAGCCUGCUGUGAAGAGAUUGGUUGAAUGUAACAAAGACAUCUCUGUGAGGACCAUCCAAGAAGAGCUGGCAAGGAAGUAUGAACUAAGGGUUUCAAGGAUGAAAGCAUUUAGGGCAAUGUCUCUUGCUUCUAAAGAAGUUCAAGGUGACAACAAGGAACAAUAUUCAAGGUUAAGGGAUUACAUAAUGGAGCUUCAAAGUGCAAAUCCAGACACAACAGUGCACAUUGACGUUGAGUCUGAACCCAACCCAGCUUCUUCAACAAGGGUGUUCAAGAGAAUUUACAUCUGCUUGGGUCCACUAAAGCUAGGUUUCAAGGAAUGUGGGAGGGAUAUACUAGACUUAGAUGGGGCUUUCUUAAAGGGUUCACAACAGGGUCAGGUAUUAGUUGCAGUAGGCUUGGAUUCCAACAAUGGACUCUAUCCACUGGCCUAUGCAAUUGCAGAAGCAGAGAACAAGAAUUCCUGGACAUGGUUUCUAGAAUGUCUCAAAGAUGAUCUAGCAUUACAAAACAACUCAUGGUUUACCUUCAUUUCUGAUAGACAAAAGGACCUUAUUCCUGCACUUGAAAAGGUAUUCCCUGCUGCAGAACACAGGUUCUGCCUUAGGAAAAUUCACCAAAAUAUGAAGUUAAAAUGGAGGGGCAAAGGCUUUAAAGAUUGCUUAUGGUCAUGUGCAACUGCCAGAACAGUACCUGAGUUUAGGGAAAAAAUAGAAGAGUUGAAGAAGUUCAAUGAGGAAGCAUACAACUGGUUGGAACAAAUUCCACCAAAGCAUUGGUCUAGAUCUCACUUCACAGGUUGGGCACAAUCUGAUGUUCUACUGAGCAACAUGUGUGAAGUUUUAAAUGCCAAAACUGUUGAAGGGAGGGAAAAGCCAAUCAUUUCAUGCUUGGAAUAUCUUAGGGAGUAUUUGAUGAAAAGAAUAGUCAAUGUGAUGAAGGAGCAACAUCAGUGUAAGGGCCCCCUCACACCAAAGAUAACAGAGAUUUUAGAUGAGAUCAAGAAGGCUGCAGCCCAAUGCACUGUGAAAUGGUGUGGUGAUAGUAGGUGGCAGGUACAAGGGACUCUUGGGCAGUUGGGCCACCUGAGGAUUGGGUCCAUCCAUGCUACUAUCUGGACACUUGGAAAAAAGGCUUAUGCCUACAAGGUUGGUCCCAUCAAUGGUCCCAAACUCUGGCCAAUAUCACCAGUUCCAACAACAUUGACCCCUCCACUUCACCACAAACAAGCUGGCAGGCCAAAGAAAAAGAGGAGAAGAGACCAAGUGGAGGUUGAAGAUGCCAUGGAGAAGAAAGGAAAGUUGACAAGAAAGGGUGGGACUGUAACCUGUAAGAAAUGCAAUGUGAAGGGGCAUAAUUCAAGAAGCUGUAAGGAUCUAAAGAAAGGAAUGGCAACUGAAGGCUGCAAAUGA